AUGCGUGGUGAAUGGAACGAAUUGCAAGCAUUAUUUCUUAAAGAUUGCCCAUAUGCAUACUAUGUUCAUUAUUUUGCUUACCGAUUAAAGUUAGCAUUAGUUGCUGCAUCUAGAGAGGUGGUUUCUGUUCAUGAGUUUUUCUCAAAUUUAGACUUCAUUAUAAAUGUGGUGGGCGUUUCAUGUAAACGUCAUGAUGAAUUGCAAGCUGCUCAGCAAAAAUCUCAAGAUAUUUUGAAUGCCAUGAAUAUGGUUUCUACUACAAAAGGACUUAUUCAAAAGUUGAGAAAUGAAGGUUGUGGUCGUCAUCAACGAGAUGACAUUACGAUAGAGCGUCAUUAUCAUUUUGAAAUAUUUAAUGUUACUAUAAAUUUUCAAAUGCAAGAGCUUGACAAUAGGUUUAGUGAAGGAACGAAAAGGCUUUUCACCCUUAGCUCAGCUUUGGAUCCAAAGGAUGUGUAUAAAUCUUUUAAUAUUGAUGAUAUAUGUUGUCUUGUGGAAGAUUAUUAUCCGCUUGAUUUUUCUGAGAAUGAGAAAAUCAAUUUAAGAUUUCAAUUGAAGCAUUUUGAAGUUGAUGUGUUUAGCAAUCCGAUGUUUCAAGAUUUGAGAUCCAUUGCAGAUUUAUGUCGAAAAUUGUUAGAGAUAGAGAAAUCAAAGACAUACUAUCUUAUUGAUAGAUUGGUUCGUCUAAUUUUGACUCUUCCAAUGUCUACAGCAACCAGUGAACGAGCAUUUUCAGUUAUGAAAAUUGUUAAAAUAAGGCUUCGCAACAAGAUUGAAGAUGAAUUCUUAGCAAAUAAUUAG